AUUUUGUUGGCAUGGUUUUAUUUUGAAAAAGCUGUUUUGUGCUGUUUAGAUUUCAGUUUUGUCUGAUUUCAGCUUUUUUUGAGUCCAUUGGGAUGAUUCAGGUGGAAUAGUAAAGAAAGAUGUCCGGUAUUCCCAAAUCUAUUACCGGGGAGCUAGAAGGAGUCACAAAACGUGCUGAAGGCAUUGCCAUUUCGAAGGAUACACAUUUACAGAUUGCACGGUUUUCCUUUGUCCACACACUGUAUCAAGAACAGACUAUCCUUGCUAACGCAGCUAAGAAAGAACUUCAGACCAUCAACGACGCCGAAGACGAGCUAAUCCUGGUGGACGACGAAGCGCUGGUGCCGUGCCAAGUCGACGCGCCAUCCGUCUUCGAGAAACUUAAACCCGAAGCGGAGGCUUUCUUGGCCGACGAAAAAACCCGCAUUCAGGCGGAACUGGAUGAGUACGAAUCCAAAGCAGCGGAUUACCUCAAAGAACUGAAUCAGUUGCGGAUCGAUCUAUACGGGAAGCUGGGUAAUUUGAUCCAGCUGGAAACAACCGGCACAGAGGACGACGACUAAUUGUGAGCCUCAUCUACCAUGGCCGCGCCCAGCGAUCUCGAUAUGGAGCAGGCCAUUCUGGAUUCCGAAGAACGGCAGGAGAAAGAGCGGCUGAAGAAUUCGAAUUUUAUCCAACGAAAUCUACUGAGUAUACCGUG